AUGGCAGCUCGGCACCGAGGCGCCACGCGCUACGGUGUCGACCCUGAGGGUUCUUUUCGUGCUUGGCGGUCUUUUUUCGCAGAGCUCGGCGAUGCCAGGAGCCCAGUUUCUCACGAAUCGCAAGCCAGGCAAGUUCCCCUACCACAUAGUAAUCCCUCCCUCACAUCCUCGCGCGCUUCCCUCCUUCCGCUCUCCUCCUUCCGUUCCCCUCCUUCCGCUCCCCUCCUUCCGCGCCCCUCGUUCCACUCCUCACCUCUGCCCCGCUUUGCUUCAUCGUUCCCGCCCCCCCUCCCCCCUCCCCUGUCCGCGCCCUCCCCGUAUUCUUCCAGUGGGUCGUUCCGCCCGUUCCUCCGCCCGUUUGCGCUCGGCGCGCUGAUGGGCUCGCUGCUUGUCGCCAUCUCGCUUCUCUCCGCCAAUCCCCCUCGCGCUGGCCCUUCCGCGGCUGGCGCGGGGACGUUGGGGGGAGCGGGCGCAAGGGGGGAUGGAGCAAGUGGCGCAAACGACAUGGGACGCGGGGAAGAGGAGUUGUUUUCGCGCGGUGGUGGAACGGACAGAGUGGUAACCAGCAAUGUGGUAACCAUGUCGUCGUCAGGAGGGGCUCUGGAUGCAGUUGAUUCUCUGCCGGGCCUGUCGGAGGGGUUCGGCUUAACUCUGACGGACCUGGAGCAGAGCGACCCCACGCGCCUGGCGCUCCAACUCAGCAACCGCCAGCUGGCAGCACUGAUGGCUGACGUGGCGCAAUGGCGGGCGAGGAGCGGCGUUAGCAUGGACGGCGUGCUGGGGGCGGCCAUGGAGGAGCUCCACACCCUCCUUGCUCCUCCCUCCGCCAUCCAACUCGUUUCCCCCACCUCCCUCCCCCUCCUCCUCUCCUUCCUCCGUCCCCCCAACGCCUCUAACCACCCCACUGCCGCCGCCCUCUCUGCUUCUCUCACCACUCUUCUGCCCAUCAAACCCGCUUCCGUUUCCUCCCUCACUGCUGCUGCUGCUGCUUCUUCUGGAAAUUUAGGAGGGGGAGUGGGAGGUGGAGGGGGGGGGAGUGAGAAGGCAGGAAGGGAAGGGGGUGUGUGGAGGGGAGGGGGGGAGGGCAUGGGGAGGUGCAUGGCGCUCAUGUGUCAAGUGGAGCGGCAGCAGAUGAUGUAUGCUGGAGCUCCCGAUCUGCACCACGUCCUUACCAGCACCACCACCUGCCAGAUGCUGCUCAUCUCCCCUCCCCUCACACCCUCUCCUCUCUACGACUCACACAUCAUCUGCUGUGCUCCCUCUGUGCACACGGCAGCAAGGGAGGAGUAUGAGGAUUUGGUGCGGGAGAGGCGGGCGUGGGAGGUGGUGGGGUUGCAUCGGGAGUGGGUGGAGGCGCGGAGGGAGUGGAUGGGACCUGCUCGGAACACCAUGGAGGCCCUUCAGCGCCUCAUGGCCAUGCCACCUGGCUCAGGCAUAUUCCGCAAGCUCUUCGAGUACAUCUUCUGGCUGCGCCCCUACGCUGCUCUCUAUCGCUCCGUUCCCACCCCCGCACUCUCCUCCGUCUCAUCCCUCCGCCUCUCCUCCAUCCACUCCUCCAUCUCUCUCGACGGGCGGCAAGCAGCGUCUACUCUCAAUGCUGCCCGCUCCUCCCUCCUCUCCUCCCUCGGGACUCUCUCCUCCCGCUGUGGGGUUGACGCCAGUGGGGAGUUUUGGACUGACAUGCAUGAUGCCGCCCUGCAGCGGUACCGGUGGGUGGCGGAGUCCGCGUUUGACAAGUGGUGCGUGGAUUGGGCGGCGGUGGGCGGCGAGUAUAGGCAGCAUGCGGGGCUGGUGGUGCCUGGGGAGGUGUGGAGGAGGGAGGGAUUGCAUGAGGGGGGGAUGGAGAAGGAUAUAGAUUUGAGGGCGAGAGGGAUGGGGGGGAGUGAGAGUGAAAGAGACCUCGAGAGACAAAGGACGGGAGGAGAUAAGGGGGUGGCGAGGGCAGAAGAGGGCGGAAGGGGAACGGGGGGGGCAAGAGACACCAGAGGCAACCGCGAGGAGGAUUGA